CUCGCCCCGCUGCCCGAGAUUUGAAAGGGGUGCGGCUGCAGCAGGAGCAGCAGGAGCAGGAGCCUCCUGAGGCGGGACUUCCGGAGCGCCUCCAGCUUCUCCUUUCCCUGUCCACCCCCUGCUCGGACGUGACGACAGAGUGUCAACAUGCAAGAUGGCGGCUCAUCACCGACAGAACACGGCGGGGCGGCGGAAAGUGCAGGUCUCCUAUGUAAUUAGAGAUGAGGUGGAGAAGUACAAUCGAAAUGGGGUAAAUGCACUGCAGCUGGACCCAGCGCUAAACAGACUUUUUACAGCAGGCCGAGACUCCAUCAUCAGGAUAUGGAGCGUCAACCAGCACAAGCAAGACCCUUAUAUAGCAUCUAUGGAACAUCAUACAGACUGGGUGAAUGAUAUUGUACUCUGCUGCAAUGGCAAAACGUUGAUAUCUGCUUCAUCCGAUACUACUGUUAAAGUAUGGAAUGCACAUAAGGGAUUUUGCAUGUCAACACUAAGGACCCACAAGGAUUAUGUGAAAGCCUUGGCGUAUGCAAAAGAUAAAGAGCUGGUGGCAUCUGCUGGGCUGGACAGACAGAUAUUCCUCUGGGAUGUAAAUACGCUAACAGCACUGACUGCCUCAAAUAACACUGUCACGACUUCUUCCCUCAGUGGGAACAAAGAUUCUAUCUACAGUCUUGCCAUGAAUCAGAUGGGAACAGUAAUUGUAUCAGGGUCCACUGAAAAGGUAUUAAGGGUUUGGGAUCCAAGAACCUGUGCAAAGCUUAUGAAACUCAAGGGGCACACAGACAAUGUUAAAGCUUUGCUCUUGAACAGAGAUGGCACACAGUGUCUUUCUGGCAGCUCUGAUGGGACUAUCAGACUCUGGUCCCUUGGUCAGCAGAGAUGUAUAGCUACAUACAGAGUCCAUGAUGAGGGUGUAUGGGCACUUCAGGUCAAUGAAGCCUUCACUCACGUAUAUUCAGGUGGAAGAGACAGAAAGAUAUACUGUACAGAUCUACGAAAUCCUGAUAUUCGGGUGCUCAUUUGUGAAGAAAAGGCACCUGUCCUUAAGAUGGAGCUAGAUCGAUCAGCUGACCCUCCUCCAGCACUCUGGGUUGCAACAACAAAAUCAUCUGUGAAUAAGUGGACUUUGAAAGGAAUUCACAACUUUAGAGCUUCCGGGGACUAUGACAACGACUGUACCAACCCAAUCACACCCCUUUGUACACAGCCUGACCAAGUUAUUAAAGGGGGUGCUAGUAUUAUUCAGUGCCACAUUCUCAAUGACAAAAGACACAUAUUAACCAAAGACACAAACAACAAUGUGGCGUACUGGGACGUGUUGAAGGCAUGUAAAGUAGAAGACCUUGGGAAAGUGGACUUUGAAGAAGAAAUUAAGAAAAGGUUUAAAAUGGUUUACGUGCCAAAUUGGUUUUCAGUAGACUUAAAAACUGGGAUGUUGACAAUUACUUUAGAUGAGAGUGACUGCUUUGCAGCUUGGGUCUCAGCAAAAGAUGCUGGCUUUAGCAGUCCAGAUGGCUCUGAUCCAAAAUUGAACCUGGGAGGGCUCUUACUGCAAGCUCUCUUAGAGUAUUGGCCUAGAACCCACAUCAAUCCUAUGGAUGAAGAAGAAAAUGAGAUGAACCAUGUGAACGGCGAGCAAGAGAACAGAGUACAGAAAGGAAACGGAUAUUUCCAAGUGCCACCGCACACGCCAGUUAUUUUUGGUGAAGCUGGAGGACGCACUUUGUUUAGGCUCACACCCUUUCUCACUACACAAGAAGUCAAGAAUGAGUUCACCUCCUGUGCUCGCAUGUCAGAAGGCAGACCAUUCCUCACGAGGUUGCUUUGUCGGGAUUCCGGGGGUGAGACUGAAUCCAUGCUCCUUAACGAAACAGUGCCACAAUGGGUAAUUGACAUCACUGUGGAUAAGAAUAUGCCAAAAUUUAAUAAGAUUCCUUUCUACCUCCAACCUCAUUCCUCUUCUGGAGCAAAAACGUUAAAGAAGGAUCGCCUGUCAGCCAGUGACAUGUUGCAAGUUAGGAAGGUGAUGGAGCAUGUUUAUGAAAAAAUAAUAAAUCUGGACAAUGAAUCUCAGACAACUAGCUCUUCCAAUAAUGAAAAGGCCGGGGAACAAGAAAAAGAGGAGGACAUUGCUGUUUUAGCAGAAGAGAAAAUUGAACUUCUGUGCCAGGACCAGGUAUUGGAUCCAAAUAUGGACCUUCGAACCGUCAAACACUUCAUAUGGAAGAGUGGUGGCGACUUGACUCUCCACUACCGCCAGAAGUCGACGUGAGCCAAGUGGCGGGCCCAACCGGUUUAUUAACUUACUUGAGCUUCCUGUCCUGGUUCCAGCUGUAGCGCUCUAGAAGCCAACUGAAACCCUAAGGUAGAUCUGACACUUCUAAUGCCUCAGUGUGGACAGAAUCUACUUGAAUUGAAGUGACUAAUAAAUCUGUAAUAUAGACAAAUCUCUAUGACCUAAAACUAAAGCCUGUCCUUACCAAGGUACAAGUGGGAGUGACAUGAGAAGCCCUUGCGUGGUUCCUGUUUUGUGAGGUGUACAGCGACCAGGUGAUCCAGUGCAGCUGUCUGUGGGGGGGUUCUUAUUUCGGUUUUCAUUUCCAAGGUUUUAUCAUACCGUCAUCCGCUCAAGCUUGUUGUGAAAAAGGUUUCUCAGCCCUGUUGCUAAACUCGUUCACCGUGUAAAAAACUGCAUGUGCUGUACUUUGUUAAUACAUUCCAUGUAAACAGUGCAUACUUUUUCAUGAAGAGUCAAUUUUGGCCACUUCUCGAGACAGAUUUCCUAGAGAAGACAACGCUAUUGUACAGUUGAGUAAAACAGUCUCUGUAACGUAAGCCAAAAGGGUUAAAUCCCUUGAGGCUUGUUGAUUGUCUUUCAGCUGUGAUCGGAGCAAAAAUCAGUAGAUUGUGUGAUAAUAGGGUCAGUACAAUGGUGCAGUGCAUCAUAAUGGAAUAUUUCAAGCCCUUCAACUAGAGUUUUAAAAAUGUAACUUCUGUAGUUCCGCUUUUUCCCCUAAGGUGGCUCAUUGAUCGCAAUUCCAAGCAAUUGUGCUCUACGUUUUAACAUCGUGGCGCAUUCUAUAAACGUGCCGUAAUAGUCGUGAUGGGGAAAAAAGGAGUUGCAGAUUUUCCUCCUAUGGUUUUUAUAUGCAUUUUUUGGAUGUUUUUGUUGAUGUUGCAAGCUGUAUACAGCUUAGCUUUUCUUUUCAACCAUUUCUUAAAAAGAAAAAAUACAUUUUACAGCUUUUUCAUAUUCUCAUACUCUUGUAGAAUCUAACUUAUUGUAAGCGGGAGCAGGGGAACACUUCGAUCUUCCGGGCAAGAAAAGCUGAGUUUGAAUUCAAAGUUCAACUGGAAAACAAACAUCCCGAUAACAAAAUAUUGUAAAGUGGUUUUUAUUUGAAACAGAAGCACAAGUGCCUUUUUAAAAGAGGCAGUAUAGUAAAGUUAGGUCCCUGCCUGCUAGAUGAACACUCCUCUCUUCCUUAAUGGUGGCAGCUAGAUGUAAGCUAUAGCCUGCAAAACAUCUUGGUUUUGCUUCACUGUUGAAAGGCAACUGGUAAGCCCUAAUGCCAGCACUUUUUUUGCUGCAUGGGAGCUGCUUAAAAUUGAGCAACAUGCAGGCCGGUGGCAUGCCGUUAAUACUUCCCAUGUCAUCUGGUAAUUGUCCACAAAUGAAUGUUGCACCAACCAAGUGGAAAAUAUCCAGAUUCUGAUACUUACGAGUCAUUUGACUGCCUUUUAUGGGUGUUUUGGGGAUUAUGUGUCCUUCCCCCACCCUCCCACGCCAACUGUGGUAGAAAGACAAAAUGCAACAUUACAGCACCUUUUGGAUAUUUUCCUCUUAGCUUUUGUCUUGGGGUGGUUGAGUACCCCACGGAGCACUUGCUUUCAUACACAUCAGAUUUUCAAAGCAACUGCCAUGUUACAAAAAGAUGAGCUUUGGGUUGUCCCUAAACCAUUGUCGCUUGUGCUCCAGAGGACACGAAGCACUGCUCUAAACAAGAUCUGGUUAGAAAUUAAGCUUGCAUGCGCCUUUCCCAUCUUGACAUCAUCUUCCAUUUGUAAAUCCCAUUUGUCUGUACAGCAAUCUAGUUUGCCACAUCUGUGCUACACUGCACACUUUAGUGAAGUUGGUAAAUUCAUUGGUUAAACAACUGUAAAUUUGUCCUGAAUUGAUUUAUAUUGGAGAGGGGCUUUGUUCUUAUCGACCUAAUUUUAAAUUUUGUGCUCUCCAUGUCUUCAUUGAAAGUUAACUUUAACUCUCCCCUCUUCCUCUCCCUUUUGUGUGUGUUUUUAAAAAAUCAGCCAAGAUUCUAAACUUUUUAUUUUCUACAAUCCCAGCAAUGUAGUUUCAGGAAAGGUUGACAGAGGGCCUGUAAUGCCAAAAGGAUGAACAUGUAUUGAACAAUUGUAUAGAAAUAAUAAUAAAAAAUCUUUAGCUAACAUUC